UAACAAAGAAGAGCUUUGGGCUGCUGGACGUCGGCUCUGGACCUUUCAUCAGAACAAGCAGCUUCACCGAUGAUCUAGACGUGGAAGCAGACACGUUACUAACCCCGAUAACUCAUAUCUCUGAGCUACGGGAACACCAUCGAGCAGCAGUAAAAGUCAUCCGUAGAAUGCAGUACUUCGUGGCCAAGAAAAAAUUUCAGCAAGCCAGGAAACCCUAUGAUGUACGGGACGUCAUUGAACAGUACUCACAAGGUCAUCUUAAUCUGAUGGUCAGGAUCAAGGAGCUGCAGAGAAGGCUUGACCAGUCCUUGGGGAAACCUUCACUCUUUAUCUCUGGAUCAGAUAAAGUGAAAGAUCGUGGUAAUAAUACUAUUGGAUCAAGAUUAAACCGUGUAGAAGAUAAGGUAACCCAGAUGGACCUUAAACUGAAUCUCAUAACUGACAUGCUUCAUCAUCUCGUUACCGGUCAACCGGGAGGUCAACCAAUAAACCGAUCGCCUAACAGAAGUAAUUCCCUCAAUAAUGGAAACAACCCGUCAAUUAACACCCUCCCCACCUAUGAGCAGCUAACUGUGCCAAGACGAGCCCAGGACCAUAUUUCCUGAUGAACAAGCAGAUGUGCAAACUGACAAUAGUUCCGAUACAGACUGGUUUACUGCUGUACUCCAUGCAGAAAUUCAUUAUUUUAAUAAAUGCAUUUUAAGUGGAAA